AUGUCCACCAUCCUGCUCGCCGUGACGAUGCUACCUGGCGUGAUGCGCGUGCUGCAGCGUGCGCCUCUCGCCGCUCGAGGGUGCGGCGCGCCGCACCGCGCCUGCGGCGGCGGUGCCCGGGUUGCGGCCGCUGCGAGGCAGCGGCGCCCUCUGGUGAUGGCGGCGGCCGCCGACGUGGAUCUAGCGGCGCUCGAGGCCGAGAUCAAGGCUGCCGGCGACCGCGUGCGCGCACUCAAGGCGGCGGAGACCAAGGACGAGGCGGCGAUUGCCGCGGCGGUCGCCGAGCUGCUCGAGCUCAAGGGCCGGCUGCCUGGCGCGCCGCCCGAGAAGGCCAAGAAGGGCAAGGGGAAGCAGCAGCAGCAGCAGCAAAAGAAGGGCGGCGGCGGCGGCGGCGGCGGGGGCGGCGGCGGGCGGCAGGGGCUGACGCCGCGCGCGGCGGACUAUUCGCUCUGGUACCAGGAGGUGAUCCAGGCGGCCGAGCUGGCGGACCAGUCGCCGGUCAAGGGGUGCAUGGUGAUCCGACCGACGGGGAUGGCGCUGUGGGACGCGCUGCGCUCCGCCCUCGACGAGCGCAUCAAGGAGAGCGGCGCGCAGAACGCGUACUUUCCGCUCUUCAUCCCGGCGCCGCCCCUCUCCCCUCUGAGAGGCGCCGGCCGGGUGUCGUUCCUAUCCAAGGAGGCGGAGCACGUCGAGGGCUUCGCCAAGGAGUGCGCCGUCGUGACGCACCACCGGCUCCGCUCGACCGAGGGGGGCAAGGCCCGUGCACAGCCUCCGGGGGGCGGAGCUGCUGUCGAGCCCGACCCGGACGCGGAGCUCGAGGAGCCGCUCAUCGUGCGGCCGACCUCGGAGACGAUGAUCUGGCACAUGUUCCAGAAGUGGAUCAUGUCCUACCGCGACCUGCCGCUCAAGGAGGGCCACACCGCGCACGCGACGCGCGAGGAGGCGGUCGAGACGGCGCGCCAGAUGCUCGACGUCUACGCCGACGUCUGCCGCGACGUGCUCGCCAUGCCGGCGCUCAUGCAAAACGGGUGGGCGCUCCAGUCGGGCACCUCGCACUUUCUGGGCCAGAACUUCGCGAAGGCCUUCGACGUCACCUUCUCCGACGACGCCAACCAGCAGCAGCACGUGUGGGCCACCUCCUGGGGCGUGUCGACGCGGCUGGUUGGCGCCCUCAUCAUGAGCCACUCGGACGACUCCGGGCUCGUGCUGCCUCCCGCGGUGGCGCCGACGCAAGCCGUCGUCGUGCCCAUCUCGCCCGGGCCGGACAAGCAGCCCGAGCAGCACGCGGAGCUGAUGGCCUUCGUCGACGCGCAGGUCGCAUCGAUGCGCGCCGCCGGCGUGCGCGUCUCGAUCGACACGCGGUGGAACGUGCGGCCGGGGCCAAAGUUCUUCGAGUACGAGCGCAAGGGCGUGCCGCUGCGGAUCGAGGCGGGGCCGCGCGACAUGGCGGCGGGGAAGCUGGUCGUCGCGCGCCGGACGGGUGGCGACAAGUUCGACUUGCCCGCCGGCGAGGGCGUCGGCGGCGCGAUCGCCGCCGAGCUCGACGCGAUGCAGGGGGCGCUGCUGGCCGCGGCCGAGGCGCGGCUCUCCGACGGCACGCGCGAGACGGACUCGUACGCCGAGAUGGCGGACGCGCUCGCGGCGGCCGAGGGCGCGGGCAGCGGCGGCGCGGGCCUCUUCCUCGUGCCGUGGUUCGACGAUGCGGCGGCGGAGAAGUCGAUCAAGGACGAGACCAAGGCGACGAUCCGCUGCUUCCCGCUCGGCGAGCAGCACCGCGCAGAGGGCCGCGUGUGCUUCUACUCUGGCAAGCCGGCGACGCACAUGGCGCUGUUUGGGCGCGCCUUCUAG